GAAGAAGACGAGGGCGGAAGUGUUGUUCAGCAGCGGCCCGCUGCAGUCAGCAGUCGGAACAGUAAAGCAGUGACCUGUCAGACAGGUGUGUUUCUGUCUAAAUGUCCCCAAAUAUUCCAUCCACCCGUCCGCGACAAGAUGACGUCAACAUCGAGCCACAUGAGCUCAUGUGUUCUGGAUGAGCAGAACUUCCGUCGCUGCUGUCGUCUCCUCCUGCAACAGUCAGAGCAGCUGAACGAUGGCUGGAGCUGGGAGCCCGUCCAGGACUCGGAGGAGGGUUACCUGAGGAAAACUACUCUCAGGUCAGUUGUCAUCAACUCCAGCACAGUGUGGGACCUGGAAGGAUCAAGUUCAGAGUCGGAGCCAUACACUUCCUGUCACUUCAGGCCUGAUCAGCUGGGACAUGAGUCAGAACAGUCUGUUCCUAUAGCCCUAGAUGAGACUGACACUAUGGAAGAUGACAUUGAUGAUGAUGAUGAAGGCGACGGCGUCUGUGCGGUGACGAAAGGCAGCAGCAAGGUGCUUCAGUACGAGUAUCACAUCAUGUACUCGUGCAGCUACAGCACUCCUGUGCUCUACUUCAGAGCCUCCACUCUACAGGGGAGGAGCCUGUCAUUAGAGGAGGUGUGGAGCUCUGUUCAUCCAAACUUCAGGCUCAGACUUCAGAACAGUCCACUGAAUACAAUCAGUAUGCAGGAGCAUCCCCUGCUGGGUCAGCCUUUCUUCAUGCUCCACCCCUGUAGGACAGAAGAGUUUAUGCGGCCUGUGAUGCUGGCAGCUCAGGAGCAACACAGGCCAGUGAACUACGUGUUGUCGUGGCUCAGUGUGGUGGGUCCUGUGGUGGGUCUGGACGUCACCCUGAAGUACUCCCAGCUCCAUCCUGCAGCCUCCAUCAGCAGCACUGAGUCAGACUGAGGUAUCGUCUGCUCUGCUGCUCACUCUGUCAGCAUCACUGUGGACUGCCUCUAUAUCAAGGCUGGAUUAUGAAGCAGGCGGCUGUCCCAGCACAAAAAGCCUCAGGGACCCCAAUGGGCCAGAGUUGUCUGGGUGCCAGUUACUUUGUAAUGUAACUGAAAUGGUUAUAUUGGCCACAAUGCCAUAUUCAUACACACAUUUUUGUUUAAUGAAAUUACGACCCAGAUUCCCCAAAUGUUUUGGACACUGUCUAAAACGUGAAUAAAAACAGAUGCCUUUUGAACCCUUUGAAAACAGUCCUAGUGAGAAAGUGUUCCUGAGCUCAUGUGGUAAUCUUUUUUACAGCCACGUGUCUGACAAAGUAGCGAACCUCAGCAACUGAGCCUUUCCCAUUCAUACUGCAUCAGCUUAUCAGCAAAAGUCAAUGAAGCUGAUAAAGUAAGACAUUAAAUAUAUUGUCUUUGAACUGUUUUUAACUGAGUUUAUGUCAGUAGGUCAAGUAUUAGCAAAUGACUCACAAGUUGUUUUAUUUGUUUUAAACAACACUGCAUCUUUCUUCGGAAUCGGGGUUGUAACACAAGUGACAAAGUAAAACUGUGACAGGAUGGUGUGUAUGCAGGCUGUAAUAUGUCAUUCUUUUCACCCAUGCUCUAAAUAUUGUUGCGAUGUAAACUAAAAACAUCUUAUAAUGAAAUAUUAUUACAACACUUGUACAAGCUGUGUGUACUCUGUGUUCACUUCAGUCUACACAGUGAAGCCUGCACUCAUUAACUGACAUAGUUGGCUCAUAACAAACCAGCUCAGGUAGCAACACCCAAACUCCGGGGCUAAAUUGCCAAGUGUGGUAUGUAUGAACAGGCUUUAGAAAAUGCUAUGACAACUCUACAAACAUCACAGAAGGCAUCUUCUGUGCAUCUCAAUUUGUUGUACAAUGUACAAUGACAAUAAAUUUAUCUAAGUAGUAAA